AUGUACUAUGGUUCCCAUUACGAUUACUAUUACCUCCUUCUGGCUGGUAUAUGUGUUGUUGGAGCUAUCAUGUGUUUAGCGCUUAUGCCUUACUUCAACCGUGUUGAUCGUGAAGCUAAGAAACGCCAAGCGGAAGAAGAUGCGGAAUUAGCAGUUGCGAAGUCCAAAAGUGACGACGAAGAAGAGAAAACAGAUGAUGUUAAGGAUGAGGAAGCUCUUGCUGCAACUGAUGAUGAGUCUGUUGACGGUGUUACUAGUCAAAGCAGUGGAACUGGUAGCAGCAGUGGUAGAGAUGGACCACCGACGAGCGGCAAUAUUGAUACAGAUCGUCGUGGCAGCAGCCGUCUUUAA